AUGCCAUCUACUGGGUUUUCCGACUUUGGUGGGACAUUUGAGCCUGACUCGGGACUGCCAUCAACGGCCUAUGGCGAAUUUAUGAACGAGGACGAGAACCUUUUUGGCCUGCCUAACAGCGACGCCGACGUGUUACAGGCUCUUGCAUCGACAAGCUUCGGAGACCCCAAAGCACUUCUUGCGACAGCUGGUCGCCCAGUGCAUAGCACCAAGCCAGGCGCUCCUGGCUUUUCGCCAGUAUCGCACAGGGACUCUUCGUCCUCAUCCUCUUCCAGAUCAAGAAGUGCCGACUCCACCUCACCUAGAACUGGAGGCAGUCAGACUUCCGGAGAAGUCAUGAUGACAGAAGAUGCCUCGUUUACUGAUUUCAAGCCAAUGGAUGGACUUUCUGGGGACCUGUUCCCUGGUGAUGGAGCUGAUUUUUCUAUGCUCGAGGACUCCCUAGAUUCCUCCAUCAACACAGAUAACCACUUCAAUGACAACUACUUCGAUUUCGAAAGCGCCUCGAGCAGCCCCAGUGCUGCUCCGACUGUGGAUGGUCGCGUCGCUUUUUCUCCCCAGAACCACGCGGCGACCACGACGAUGCCCAUGAAGAGCCCGAAUGCAAAGAGAGCUAAGAGCCAUGUCAAGGCCCAGUCUCAACACUCCUUGACCCAGGGAAUGCAGACAUUGCGCACCAAUGGUUCAAGGGAAGUAUCGCCCAUGUUUGCAAGCCAAGCAUCUUCUCCAGCCGCCAUAUUCAACAACACGCCUUCCCCUGAUACAAAGUUUGACUUCACGGCGCCCCAUAAUGGGUUUGGAGGUGCCCAAGGAUGGUCCGCCAGCUUUAACUCAGGCGCUUUCCAGACUCAACCCAUGGUGGAUAUGUCAUCAUUCAACCAUGGACUACCGGGCUACGCUCCCCAACCGCAGCUGUUUCCUUCAUCAGCACCUAAGCUGGUCAUUCAGUCAACGCCUUUGAAGUCGCGUGUGGAGACGCAGAUUCCCAUCAAAAUGACGGUGUACAACAUGCCGCCAAUGUACAAGCGCCUCCAUCUGCCCAUGCACACCAUCUCAAAAGCCAAACUUCUUGCCAAGCAGAACGCGGAGCGCUCCCCCGAUCUGCUCGAGUUAUAUACCAUGUUGGUCUGCAGCAGUGCCAUGCAUGACGAGGAGAAACGAAAGAAGGCUUUCGCUCGUGCUGCCAAGAUUGGCCACCCUGCUUCUCCUGAAGUCGGCCCUCUAGAGGAAGACGAUAAACCACAAAAUGGUGGUGAGGUACGGAUAUGUCAAGGAUGCAUCACACGAGAGCGAAAGCGAGCGGGCCGGAAAAAGAACAAGAAGCCUGAAGAGGACGAACUAUGGGACAGGUUUCAAAAUCACCGUGCUAUCGUUUUCAACACCAACGAGGUCAAGGAAUGGCAAGCUGUCGCUGAACCCGCAGGAGUUGGUAUCCGGUUUCCUCCUGGAACAAUGCAGGUCGAUGCCCCAAUGCGUAUUGCCUGUUAUUGUCGACACCAUGGGGAGAAGGUGGGCUUCAAAGUCAUCUUCACAAUCAAAGACUUUCAAGAUCGGGUGGUUGCUCAGGAAAUGUCAUCGUCCAUCAUGAUCACUGAUGACCACAAGACGCACGUCCCGGUCAGUGCACAUGCGCAGUCUACAGCCUCAAAUAGCACGGACAAUGUAACCACAACGGCAACAACUGCUAUUGAGUCGAUCGAUAACAAGCCGCUAGAAGCUCCCUUGCCAUUCCGACAAACACAUUCGACCUCAGAUCUCCAAGCUCUACACCAGAACCCACAUCCGUAUCAGUCCUCAUUGUCUAACCCUGGAAGCUCACAAGGAACUUCUGUUACGGUCACCCCACGGAAUCAGUCGCGCCAUGCAUCGCCCAGUAGUCCAUCAGGGCACGCCUCGAAGAAAAGAAAGGCUAGCGGUUCGAUCAAAGUGCCUACUGAGCUGGCUAUGACGCGGCUCGAGACUGUUCAGCCAGCCCCGGCAGUCCCAAUGGGCAACCAAGACAACCCGGCUACUGUAUCCGCGGCACAAUCGCCAUUCUCUCCACAUGCUAAUUUUCCACCGACGGGCAGCAACAACCCCAUGUUUAAUCCCGUUGCACAACCUGGCUUUAACGGAAUUCCACCACCUUUUACAACCGGCCCGCCGACUCCCAAUAGUAACAGCAAUGACCAAAUACUGUUUUCUGGCGCAAACAGAAACAUGAGUAUGGAUAAUCUGGCAAUGUCUCAACCAAUGUUCUCUGCUCCGGCUUCCGCACACCCUAGCCGAGCGCCCAGUCCUAACUCUCUAAGGAACGACCUUCAACAAAACCAGCUCAAUCAGGCGUUGUAUCCACAAGCAAGUAUGAGUAUGAACUCUACACGGGCACCUAGCCCCAUGAUUCAUAAAAUCAUUCCGGCUGAGGGUCCUAAGUCUGGUGGCAUCGAAGUGACUAUACUAGGAAGCGGCUUCACGAAUGGCGGUUUGGAGGUCAUGUUUGGAGACCAACGCGCCACCACAACCACAUACUGGGGCGAGAGCUCUCUGGUUUGCUUACUUCCUCCCUCUCCUGUGACGGGGCCUGUCAUUGUCACGAUUCGACAACCUCGAACCGGCGAACAACCUGCCUUUGGCAAGAACCCACCGAUUUUCCGUUACGUUGAUGACAAUGAGGACCAAUUGAUGCGCACUGCACUUGCAGUUCUGGGAUCGAAGAUUGGCGGCAACAUCGCGGAUGUUGCUGAUAUUGCCCGUAGCAUCAUCAGCGCCAGGGGUGGCGGCGGCGGCGGCGGCCAGGCAGGUUGGGGUGCCUCAGCUGGGUCGAGCAGUCAGACCCCUGGAGGCUACAACUUCGAGCACGCUCACUCUCUAGAGUCUGGUCUGCUCAAAGUACUAGAGAUGAUUGACCUUGAUGACAGCAUCCAUAAGGUGAGGAUCAAUCUUAGACGGUCAACUGGCCAAACAAUGCUGCAUCUUGCCUGUUCCAUUGGUAUGAUUCGCUUCGUUGCAGGUCUGUUGUCGCGUGGAGCAAACGCAGGUGCUCGAGACAAGGGUGGCUUCACACCUCUGCAUUUUGCGGCUAUGAACAAUCAUCCCGAGAUCGUCCGUCGGCUCAUCAUUGCUGGCGCCGAUCCAACGAUGCGAAGCCUUUCCGGGCUGACACCAGCUGACGUAGCUCAAUCGAGAGAUGUCCUGAAGGCACUUCGACGGAUCCAGAAUCACUCAAGGUCGCGAAGCGGCAGUUCUCUUCAUAGCAGGGUCAGCAGCGCUCAUUCACUUCGGUCUUUGUGGGAUACGCCAGGGAUGCCUGCACAUCAGGAGUUCUUGUCUGAUUCGUCGGAUCGGGUCGACACGAGUGACAGCUACGAAGACUCGUCAGAGGACGAUAAGCAGGCCGAUGACGGGGAGUGGCUUGAUAUGAGAAGAAGCAGCGCACAGCGGAGCACUCAACAGUUACCUGCGGUUGCACCGUCCCCGGCGGUAGAUGUCCCGGCGGGAAUGGCCUCUCCGGGCGCCGCAAUGACAGCCUUCCGAGACCAAUUUACAGCACAGAUGCAGCAAUUACAACAGUCAAUGGCAAUGCAUCUGCAGAACUGGCCACAAUUCCAGAUGCCACAAAUGCCACAAAUGCCGCAGAUGCCACAUAUGCCAGUACUUCCAGAGAGCUACCACAACUACUUGCACAAUGCACCCGUUAUGCAACGCAUCAGCUCCUUGGUACCUAAUGUUCGGGGUUCUCGACCAGGGUCCGCUGGCGAACAUGCACCCAGAGAUGGCGAGAAGCAGUGGUGGGAGAUGCCGUCACUGUUUGGUACGCGAGAAGCACCACCGGCCUACGAAGACGUAUUUCCCCAGAAGGAUCUUGACACAAAGCAAGCAGCCGCGGCCGGUGCCGCUGCAGAUUGCGAAGCAGAUGAGAAAUGCGCCGCUCUAUACGACCAAGACCAAGCGUCUACAGAGUCCUCAAAGGUCCGCGAGAUACCCGUGCUCCUGCAAAUCGGACGUAAGAACGCUAUCACGAGGGAGCAACAGGAAACCCUCCAACGUGCCCAUGCGGAGAGGCUCAAGACCGGCAGCAGUGAUAAGAUGCUCUGGUUCGUCUGGAUUCCUUUGCUUACCUUGAUUCUCGGCUUUAUGCUCUUCAAUGGCGCUAUGAGCUUCGUGUCUGGGACCACCACCUUCGCCAAAUCGACUGCUACAUUCGUGGCUGCACCAAGGGAAGCCUUGCAACAACUCCGCGAGAAUGCAGCAGCACUUCCAGUCGCUCUUGUACCACCUAUCGCUUUGGAACGAUAG